GCAGCCUUCUGCUUGCCACUUCACCCAUAGUAUCAAACUAUCACCUUCGGCUGCUUUCCAGCACUGCAAGGUUUGACUAUGUAUUGCAUUCAUAGCGAAGGCUGAAGGCUAUAGCUUUGUUGACGCUACAGGAUUUUGCCCCUAUCACGGCCAAGCAACAGCACUCCAUCCUUGGACUCAAGUUUCGACCGCAUCUAUCGCAUUUCUUCGGCGUUCCUGAAAGUUCUGAAUAUUCGAACUUGGUCAAUAUUUACAACCUUGAUCGACAUAGAAUCCACCAGGACGCCGUGCCUUUUGCUAUCUGUCGUCAACUAUAUUAGCAUUUCCUCCGCAAUCUUUUGGCUUGAAGUCCUAUCAACCUAUUUAACGAAGCCAUUCCGUCACUCAAUAUGGAUCUCAGUCGUCUUCGACAACAAACUAUAGCAGGCGGAGGGGAAGAGGAGGCUGUCACGGUCAAUACAAGAGCUCUGAUUGAUAAAGUGUUAGCAAGAUACUCCAGCGACUUCACUACCCUUCGAGAACUUGUCCAGAAUGCAGCGGAUGCUAAGAGUUCGAAAGUCACGAUCAAACUUGAGACUCUGCCCUCCAUCACCAUACCUCUUCCUGCUGGGGAAGAAUCGUCUGAGUUGCUCAAACAUACUCUUCGCCACCAUACAGUUCAGAGAAUUGUCGUCAGCAAUGAUGGCGAGUAUUUCCGUGAAGAAGAUUGGACUCGGUUGAAGCGCAUUGCAGAAGGUAACCCGGACGAAACGAAAAUUGGUGCCUUUGGGGUCGGGUUUUACAGUGUCUUCGCGGACUGCGAGGAGCCAUUUGUUGUUUCAGGGCAUCAGACUAUGGCAUUCUUCUGGAAGAACAAUAGCCUUUUUACACAGUCCGGUAGGCUGGACACAAGCAAAGCCGGCUCUGACACAACAUUUCUACUCGAUUACCGGGAAAAGAACACACCUGUCCCUGAUCUGCUAGCGCUAUGCCGGUUUCUCUGCACUAGCAUCACAUUCAUCGCUCUACAGAAAAUAGAGCUGUGGGUGGACAGCUAUCCAGUUUUCGAGCUGCACAAGAUCACCGCGCCAGAAUCUGCGGUAUCGGUCCCGCCUGGUAUUCGGACGCAAACCAAGGAUGGACUCUUGCGAAUAUCGAGCGUGAACCACCGCAACGGUCAGAUCCAUUGCAAAUGGAUGAAUAUCAUUGCUUGGUCAAGGACCGAAGCGAAAGCUGCUGUGCAGCAGGAAGACUCACUCGGUGCUAUUCCAAGUCUCAGGACGAUUUUUGGCAAGUUUAGUAAGAGUGCUGCUACGCGAAGAAAAGAAGAGGAACGAGCAGCUGCACAAGCAGCUGUGAGCGAAGACGCGGCUGGAUUCUCAACUGCCACAGUUUUCUUCCGCCUGAGCACCCUCGGUAUCAUCUCUUCCGUCUCACCAAAAUUCGCUAGAGAACUGGAGCGCGCGACCAAGAAGCCACCGCCAAAGCAGACGAGGAUGGAGAUAUUAACAUCGCCUAAAGAUGAGACUGCCGCUUCAUUCUCAUCGCUUAGCGGUACCACCUCCAGCCAAGCCAAAGUCCUAUUCGAAUCUGUCUUGCCACAGGAGCAUGGUCGGAUAUACAUUGGAUUCCCAACUUCUCAAACCACCGGAUAUCUUUGCCAUAUCGCGGCGCCUUCCGUUAUUCCAACGGUGGAGCGGGAAUCGAUUGACUUAAAUGCCCGGCAUGUCAGUACGUGGAAUAUUGCAAUGCUAUAUAUGGCCGGCAUCGCCUGUCGUAUUGCCUAUUCCAAUGAAAUGAACGAUCUGAGCAAGCGGCUACAAAAACACGCUGAAAAUAACGGGUCAAGAGAAGUUCGUUCCGAAGAUGUCUCGGAGUUCAUUCCUGCUGCUGCGAACAUUUUCAAGCAGUACACUCCUAUCAAUACGACCCCGUCAUCCGCAGUCGGUCGAUGCAUUGAGGAAGGAUUUUGGGAGUGCUCAACGCAAAAUCGAAUCGAAUUGCUCUCCACAAAAGGCGUGCGCCUAAGCGAUGGGGUUCGGGUCAGCGAUAAAUCGUUGGCAUUCAUCGAGUCAAUUCCGAUCGUCCCGCAGAUUAUUAUGGAAGAAUCUGGGGGCUUCUUUCAAGCGCUUUUCUCAAGGGGGAUGCUCUCAGCCGUCACUAUCCCGGACAUACGGAAAGAGCUGGAGAGCCGCGUCCUCAGCGAGAGUGAAGCUAUCCAGAUGCUACGAUGGGCAGCAAGCGAGCAGAACGAGGGCCUGUCUCAGGCAGUUGUGAAAGAUAUAGUCACUAGAGCAGUCAUGACUUUGAAGAAUGUCGAUGCUGCACCUAGCAAGAACCAGGAUGGAGAUUCGGGAAGAGUUUUAAUGCUCGGAAGCAUCAAUACCUAUCUACCCAACUCCGUCACUUUCUCCGACAUCACCAUACCGGAGCACACAAUCCCGCUUCAAUUGUCGAAACAGCUAACAAAAAAAGAAAUGGUGAUCUUCGGCUGGGAAGAGCUGCACGUCACGAGUUGGCUGGAGUACGUUGUCGAAACUGCCCCUAAGGAUGGUCCGACCUCCCUUUCAAAUCCAGACUACGUCGUUCGAAUACUUGGUGUCCUCUCUCGGCAGUGGGGAUCGAUCCCAACAGCUGCUAAGGACAAGAUUGUGGCCAUGUUGAGCAACCGCCCAAUACUUCCGACAAACAAAGGCAUGAAAACACCCAAAGAGGCCUACUUUCCUCAGGCAGCGAGAAGCUUUCCUGACCUUGCUGUUAUUGUCCCCGAGCUGCAUAAGCUGAAGGACGCCUUUCUAAAAGCCUUGGGAGUCCGCCUCACCCUGGAUCUCAACCUCCUAAUAGAGCGGAUAAUUGCGCCGGAGUCCUCAGAUCCCUUGACCUUGUUCGAGAUCGUCAAAUACCUUGCGUCGGUAUCUAAUGACAUCCCUGAAGACGAACGAAAGCUGUUGCGGACAAAAGCAGUUUGGCCUGCUGAGCGGAGUCUUCCAAAUGUUAAAGUGCACUCUAGGAGAUAUCAGAUUUCCGAGCUCUUCGAGCCGAGCGAAGAACAUAAGCGGCUAGGCCUGCUUGUUCUACGCUGGCCUAGCGACCGAUAUCUUGACUCGAGAGAGAUGAGAUUCCUGAAGGGAUUGGGUCUUCGGGUUGCACCGACCAGGGAGAAGCUGAUGGAAGUCAUACAGCUUAGCGUCGGAGGGGAUCUACCCCAGAUAUAUAAUGCUGCCCUCGAAAGGUUCGUCCAGGAUACUUCUAGAGACGACUAUCUGGCUGCCAUACUCCGAGAUAAGAUCGCUUUCAUUCCAGCCGAUAAUGUUCCGUGGCCACGGGUAUUUCCGCCAGAUCAGCUCUUCACAAAUGACAAGGCCACUGUCUUUGGAUACCAAAUCCUCCCUCCUCGCUUGAGAACCUAUGCUGCUAGGUUAGCGCCGACCUCCUUUACCGAUGCGAUUGCCAAGUUCGAGUACCUUGCUCCACGAGUCGGCGAGAUAGACAAGAGGACUAUGGACAUUUUAAGCUCGUCCGAGAUAGUUCCCAUCUUCAAGGACAAGCGGAUUAUCCGCUACGCUGCCCCGAAAUUAUGCAUCCUAGGGUCAUCUUCCCACUUGUUGGGGGACGUUUUUGAUUUCGUUAGUUUCAACACGACGGCCGAUUAUCUCCUUACGCAUCUAGGCACUAAAUUGGAGCCGACUACAGUGGACAUUGGCCAAAUCCUUGUUCGACACUGGGAUCAGAUCCUUCAGAAAGCCGGUGCAGAAGGGUAUCUAGAACUUCUUCGAAAGCUUGCUUCAAACGUCGAUGCGUUGAAAACUUCCAAGCAACUCUGGAAAGAUUUAAAGUCAGCAGGCUGCCUCCUGGCAUUCCAGGAUGCCACCAAGCCGCAGUCCAAGGCCAAGGCGGAACCGGAUGAUGACCUGUACGAGGAUGAACCAGUUGAGCGUACUUGGCAUCUGAAGGAUGUGAGAAACAUUGUCAUGGUCGAUUCGAUACAGGAGUAUGCAAAGUUCCGAGAUGUGCUCUUCUCUGCUCCUCAAGAUGAUGUGUUGGAGCGCUUCUACAAGGAGCUUGGAGUCCCAAACCUAAGCUCAAUGAUUCAGACCAGCCAUCGACUUGGUCCACCAGUGAGGGACCAGCGCGAGGCUACGACAUUGCAUAAGCAGCUCUGCGAGCGAUCGAGAGUGUUUUUGUAUGAUCACAGCAGAUCCAGUGUUCUUCAUGAUGCUUCAUGGGUCGAGAAACGGCUGAAAGUCGUUCUGAUUGAGAAUCUUACCCGCCAUUCUCGACUCGCUGGCCACAACGCAAGCUACAAGGAACGAAAAAGUGCAUCGAUGUUUGAGAAGAGCAAGGACGAUAUCACGAUGUACAUCACGCCCCAUGCCGAUAUGUACGACGUCGCAAUAGCUUUGGUGCCCCAUCUCCUCAAGAACCCUAAACACAACGACAUUAUUGCGCUAGAGAUGAUAUUAGCGACAGACCUUCGCCGUCUGCGUGCAAAAGGCUACAAUGUCGACCGCAUUCUCAGAGCUCGAGAGCUCGAGCAUCGGGUUGCACAACAGCAGAAACCACCAGUGGCGCCACCCCAGCCUCCGGCACCUCCGCCCCCGGCAAUCAAGGACGCGUCACCGAAUGUGCAACCAGAUUCAGAAAAGUCAAAAGGAACCAUGUCGAUACCGAUCCACAAUGCAGGGGAGAAUGCCAAAACGCCCAAGAAAGAGCCGAAAAACUACUUACACGACGCUCUCGGUGCAUUCGGUUUCACUAUGCCGGGCGCAUUCGGAUCCGACGACAGUCCUCCGCACCAGGCUCCUGUCGCUCCCAAUCAACAACAAUCGCUCCAACCGCCACCGCCGUAUGAGCCGACGCAAAAACCGCAUACGCCACCCCCUCACGACCCCCUCCGGCUACAGCGUACGCUUCAGCAAGCCAUCGGCAUGUCUCGGCCGUCAAACGCCAACAGUGUCUUUUCCCAACCCACUCAGCGGCAGCUCACCGAUUCUCGGACAUCAUAUUGUGAUGCCACCCCGGCUCAAGAUCUUGUCCGGCACGGCGACGUCAUUGCAGGUAUGCCGCUGUACCUCUUCCGCUCGGAUCUGCAGUCCAUGCAAUCUCGGCUGCGCGAGCACCAUCAUUCGCUUAACAUUGUGGUGUUGGCGCGGAUACUUCUCGCUCUCGGCGAUUCCAUGGGGAUCCCCAAGGGGGCGCUGAAUGUCUUCUGGGCCGAAGAUGGCCGAUCGAUUGCGUUCAAUAAAGAUGGGACGUUGUACUGCAAUUACGCAUUUGCGCAGGGGAUCCAGUUCAACGAUGCGAAGGCGUGGAUCUACUGGUUUGUCACGCUGUGUCAUGAAUUGGCGCACAAUUUGGUCAAGGAGCAUAGUUCGGACCAUGGGUUCUAUACGGAAUCGUUCGUUCAUGAAAUGAUUUGGAACGUUUUAGACCGGGCGAGGGCAGAGGGUGUAGUAGCAGGCUCAGGCGAUAAAUUGGUCGACAUAGACUAG